AAUAAAAAAUACUCAUAUUUAAAUACAAUAUUUAACAUUAACACCCGAAUGUUUAUACUUGAACCCAACAAAUAACAUCAACAUUUAAUUUUCAAAUUCAUGAAAUAAAUACUAAAUUAUUUUUUUGCUAAUUAAAUUUACUAAAAUGACAUUAUUUUGUUUAGAGGCGAGUACAUCAUCUGAAAACAUACUGAAGGAAAAUUUUAAUAUAGGUGAUGUAAAUUCAAAAUGGAACAACUAAUGUUAAUGCAAGUAUGCCAUCAUCAGCAGCAUUGCGCAUGGUUUUUUCAAGUUUGAGGUUAAAGUGAAAAACGUGUAUUUGUACGUGAUAUGAAAAAAAUAAUAUAUAUCCUCAAAAAACCUGCUCUCUCUUCUUUCUCUCUCUCUCAUCUUUCUUCUCUGAACUCUCUGGGAGAUUUGGAAUCGAUGGCCGGCGUCACUGAUGGCGCCUCGACGGGCGCUGUUGGUUACGGACGGUCCUGGGCUUUGCUGUUUCAGGUCUCUGAAGAGAAUCGCCUGGGUUACUACAAACCAGAGAUUAUCAAUGACUCACUUUGUAUACCUAAAUUGGUAAUCGAGGAAGGUGCGAAAAAAUGGGAACACAGCCUGGUCGGAGAAUUUCUGGUUGCUCCGCCUUCACUUGCUUCUCUCCGCUUCUGGGCUAACUGGAUCUGGGGUAAACAGGGGGAGGUGAAGGUGUCUAUGCUGGAAGACCAGAUGGUUUUAUUUCAAUUUCCAUGUGAAUUGACUUGCCGAUGGGUUUUCGAGGGUGGUCCAUAGCUUUUUAAGGCGAAGAUCAUCUGUUUACGUCAAUGAGUUCCUGGUAUCACGGCUAUAGAUAUCAAUAAUUCAGCCAUUUCGGUAUGGGUCAAAUUGUGAGGUCUUCCUGCUGAAUUAGCUUUGCGAGAGGGUUGGGUAGGAUCGCUAGUGCAAUUGGGAAACUGAUGUGUAUGGAUCACUCCACUACUCAGAGGGAGAAGUUGGGUGCUUUUAAGGUCUGUGUUGAAGUCAGUGCAAAGAAGUCGUUGGUCAACAGAAUCAGUAUCACCCCUGAUGGCAUGGAUGAAAGGUUUAUUGGGAUUGAGUAUUGUGGUUUGCCGAGCUGUUUGUGCCGCUUGUGGGGUUUUUGGCCACGAUUGUUCAUUGCCUCCCCCAAGAGUUCCAACCAAGAGAGUUUGGCAUCCAAAGCAACAUCAAACAGCAACUAUCCCGGAGGAGGUUGCUGUUUUAUCUGAUCUGGAGAAGGAAGGGGAACAAGCAGUAAUGGAAGAGAGUAUUAAAGCUGUGAAAGGAAAAGAAGUUGUCAUUGACGAUACUCCACUAGUUACUUCCAGUGCACUUCCAUCUCAUGAAGAGUUCAAUAAGGUAAUAAAUGGGGC